UACCCUCCCUCUUAUAUUAACACCCCCCAUUCCUGUUGGAGAAACACCAUUAACACAAAGAAAAGACUUUCACAUCAUAUAUCAGAACCAAAAUAUUUCCCCAUUGUAUCACCAUGCGAGGACGACGACUAACCCUAAAGCUCACUUUAUCACUUUCUCUCAUUACAUGCUUCCUUUUAUCAUCAUCCUACGGCCAAAACUGUGCCAAGCAUUCAUUUCCCAACAAUCGUGUCUUCAAAACAUGUUCUGAUCUUCCUGUUUUGAACUCAUUUCUUCAUUUCAACUAUGAUACUUCAUCAAGCAAGCUCGAAAUAGCAUACAGGCAUAGUGGAAUCGGAUCAUCUAGAUGGGUUGCAUGGGCUAUAAACCCGACAUCAACAGGUAUGGUCGGGUCACAAGCACUUGUUGCUUAUCAACAAACAAAUGGUACUAUGAGGGUUUAUACAUCGCCUAUUACACAGUACCAAACACAGUUGCAAGAAGGUGAGUUGAGUUUCAAUGUGUCUGAUCUGUCUGCAAGUUAUGAAAACGAUGAGAUUAUUAUAUUUGCGACUUUGGGUCUUUCGAACAAUGGUACCAUGUUGAAUCAAGUUUGGCAAGAAGGGGGCCUUAAUGGAAAUAUCCCACAAAUGCAUGUUACUUCUGGUGCUAAUGUUCAAUCCAUGGGUACUUUGAAUUUGGUUUCUGGUGAGGCUGGAACAAGUAAUGGUGGUGGUUCAAAGCUUAAAAAGAGAAACAUACAUGGAGUGUUGAACACAGUGAGUUGGGGUAUAUUGAUGCCUAUGGGUGCUAUAAUAGCAAGGUACUUGAAGGUAUUCAAAUCUGCUGAUCCAGCUUGGUUUUAUCUCCAUGUUUUGUGUCAAUUCUCGGCUUACGUCGUUGGGGUUGCUGGUUGGGGUACCGGUCUUAAACUCGGUAGCGAAUCCGUUGGUAUUCAAUUUGAUGCUCAUAGAACCAUUGGGAUUAUCCUUUUCAGCCUCGGAACACUUCAGGUAUUUGCAUUGCUUGUAAGGCCAAAACCAGAGCAUAAAUACAGAUUGUACUGGAAUAUAUAUCAUCAUUUGGUGGGAUACACAGUGAUAAUCCUCAGUGUGGUCAACAUAUUCAAAGGAUUCGACAUAUUGGAACCUGAGAAGAAAUGGAAGCAUGCUUACAUUGGUGUCAUCGUGGCUUUGGCAUCUACUGCUGUCUUGUUGGAAGCUUACACAUGGUUCGUCGCAGUGAGGAGGAAAAGGUCGGAAAGUGAAGGGAAACUGCCGUAUGGCGGCGUUAAUGGUGGUGAAGGAAAUGGGGUGUACGGCCAUGGUGUUAGGACACAGCAGGCAUGAUGUUGGACCCUCUGCUGUUAGUGUUAUUAUUUAUGUAUGUAUGAGAUUUUCAGAGAGAAUUUAGAAGUAGAGACUUAUUCUUUUGAUACUCUUGUAAUAGUUUAAUUUCUAUUUUAUUCUACAUUACCUCUUCAGAUCC